UUUUUCCAACGGCCAGUGAACGUGUCUCGCUCUGUCAUGUGACGAAGAGCAGCUGACCGGAAGCAGCUAGGCGGAAGUGGAUGAAAACAACGAUGAAGGCUCUGGGCAGAAUAUCUGCAACAGAUUGUGUCAAACUGUGUCACAGAGUAGUGGAUGGGCUGUGUGGACGAGAGCCUCCAUGCAGGAGUGAUUAUAGCGCCACCUGGAGCCUGGAAGAGUGGUUGCAGCUACUUGACUUCUUGAGUGGCCUGUUCCGUUCUACGGUGGGGAGCAACAUCACAGAUGAAGAGGUUCUGGCUAAGCUGUCGGAUGUAGAUCACAGCCACAGCCAAGCGGUUCUGAGCGUGGUCAGAGCACGAGAGGAGGAGAUCCGGCGUGCUCUGCUGGACAGAACCAACAGCAUCUCUUCUGCAACCCUGCAGGACUUUGACUGGCAGCUUAAGCUGGCCUUGUCCAGCGAUAAGAUCUCAUCUUUAAACACGCCGCUGCUCAGCCUAUCUCUGGAUGUGAGGGAGAAAGGAGCGCUUCGGCCCAUCACCAUGGAGCUGAACAAAGAGGAACUGAGCUCCCUCAUCAGCUCACUGGAGGCAGCUAACAAGGUGGUGCUGCAGCUGAAAUGAUGGACCAAGAAGAUGCAGCUGUUUCGGAUGUAAUAAUUAACUUAAUGUUUUUUUUUUUUCCUGUGAUGCCUUUUGGUUCUGUAUUAAAAUUCAUGUUUUUCUCUCUGA